GUCCGCGGCCUAAAGCGUUGAUCCUAUUCUUCAGAGGAGACGCGCAUCACCCCUCUCUCUCCCUCUCUCUCAGUAUCCCUCCCUUACUCUCACUCAGUAUCACUCUCUCAGUAUCUCUCCCUCCCUCAGUAUCUCUCUCCUCUCUCACUCUCUCAGAAUCCCUCUCUCCUCGGUUACAUUUCUUGUUGUACUCUCGACACGGCAGCAGCUCCGCAGCAGCCCGGCUGUUCGUCUUCAUCCUCCCGGUACCGUUACAGGCUCUCACUGGCUCGGCUGGACCCCGCGCUGUCUCCCCGGACGCUGAGGAACAGAGGGCGCGGAGAGGAGCGGCUGGACUGGGCGUAGCUGGAAGAGGAAAAGCGCCGGAGCUCCGGUGAUCACUGUAGUUACCUGUAGAGAGUGGUUGUCACUGACCGGCCUGCUGAGUCUCCAGCUCCUGAUUCCUCUUCAUUGAGAAGGACCUCCAGGUGUCAAGCUAUUCUCACAGCUAGCAACAGCCGGUUCAGACAAGAUGAAGCCGGACGGGGUUGACGCAGCAACAAUGGAGCCAAUGGUAGCACUAGAUGCAGAGCCUGCGGUCGUGGUGGCACCGCUGGGUGAGGGCCAGGAACAAGCCCCUCCCACUUCACAAACGGAAGAGACUGGACAAGGGGAACCUCAGCCGACCGAGACACCGGCUGCUGCCACCAAGACCGGCAAAGACAAGCCCGCAGACCCUAAAGCCAAGACAAAGGCUGGUCCUACCAAAACCAAGACGCCCACAACCAAGACGUCUACAGUGGGCUCUCGUCCCACCACCGCUCAAAGCCGCCUGACAAACGGGGUACAGAAGACGCAAACUAAUGGUGUUGCUAAGAAGACCCCAAGUGCAGCUCCAGAGAAGAAGACCACGUCAACCACCGCGCCAUCCAGAAAACCCGCCGGCGCUGUGACCACCAAGACUGCCCCCAAGACCAUGGAAAAGAAGCCUGUCGGACCAACGCGGCCAGCCACUGCCCCUGCCAGUGCAGCCAAGACCACGGGAACACAAGCAGCCAAAAAGACACCAGCUGCACCGGUGAAUGGAGAAAAAACUAAACCAAAAACUACAGCUCCUAGACCUGCCUCUGCAGCCACCACCAAGCCUGGCACCACCGCUUCUCCCAAAACGGAUAGGCCGCCAGUCUCCAAGACAACCAGGCCAGCCGCAGGGACCACAACCUCUCGCCCGGCAUCUGCUGCACCAAAGCCAGCUGCCUCUGCCGCGUCCAAGACAUCGACGUCCGCAUCAAAGCCCUCUCCUUCUACAGCUAAAACCACCACCCCGGCCAAACCGUCACCUGCUAAAACCACAGCUCCCUCUGCUGGCCGCACCCCAGUCCAGUCUACAAAGACCACUACACCCAUCAAGAAAGAUGUUAGCAAACCCACCACCCCAGCAGCCAAAAAGCCAGCUGCUUCACCUCUCACCCGGCCUGCCUCAACCAAGCCAUCAAAGCCGGACACCCCGAAAGCAGCCACACCAGCCAAACCAGAGUCCAUCUCCAAGAAACCCUCUACUCCUUCAAAGGCAGCAGGAGAUGCUAAGACGAAUAAACCUAAGGAUAUUAAGUCAGCUUCAAAGGAGGUCACUGCUAGUCCAAAAACUCCUAGUGCAAAGAACAGCACAGCCAAGAUGACCAGUCCUAAGAAAACAGUGGGUAGCAGCACUCCCAUGCCAGUGAAGCGUGGCCCCAAAGCUGCUGCAGUUGCAGCUGAACCUGCCCCUAAAGAAAGUGAGAAGAAAGAAGUGUCUUCUGCCAUGGAAGCAACUCCCAGCGUUGAUGCUGUGGCCACUGCAACUGCUGUGGCUGCUGCUGCUGCUGUGGCUGCUGUCACAGUCGCAACAGCUGCUGAUUCCUUUACCACAGAGGCAACCAACGAACCUGAGGUCCAAUCGGAACCUGUAUCUCUUCUUCCUGAAGUCCAAUCUGAACCUGUAUCUCUUCUGCCUGAAGUCCAAUCUGAACCUGUGUCUCUUCUGCCUGAAGUCCAAUCUGAACCUGUAUCUCUUCUGCCUGAAGUAAAAUCUGAACUUGCACCUCAAUCCAAGUCUGAACUUGCACCUGAGCCCAGUUCAGAACUCCAGUUGGACACCAAGUUUGAAAUUACCACUGAAGCCCAGACUGACAUCCUGUUGGAGUCUGAGCUUCUACCUGAACCCAAGUCCGAACUUGCAGCUGAACGCCAGUCUGAAGUCUUGUUGGAAACAGAGUGUGAAGUUGCACCUGAACCUGAGAGUGAGGUUGCAACUGAACCCGAGCCUAAAGAGCCUGAAGUCUUGUGGAGAACAGAGUCUGAAGUUGCUCCUGAACCCAAGUCUAUACUUGCACCCGAACCUGAACCUGAACCCGAACUUGCACCUGAACCCCAGACUGAAUAUCUAAUGGAAACAGAGUCCGAAGUUGCACCUGAACCCAAGUAUGAAGUUGAACCCCAGUCUGAAAUCAUGUGGGGAACAGAGCCUAAACUUGCACCUGAACCCCAGUCUGAAGUCCUGUUAGAAACAGAGUCUGAAUAUAAGCCUGAACCUCUGGCUGAAACCACCCCUGAACCCACUUUUGAACCCACUGUUCCUGCUUCCAUUGAACACAUGAUGCACGACAGUGAGGAUGAUCAGGAUGUUCCAGAAGUCACAGAGGAAGAAACAGUAGAAGACACAGUGCCACAGCCAACUGAGUUAGACGUGGUCAAUUUCAAAGAACCCACAGGUGCUACUUCUCCUUUGGGCACAACAGUUAUGUCACCACCAUCUUCCCCAGCCCCAGCUUCACCUUUGCCAGUGGAAGCCCAGAUAUCUGCCCCAUUACUGGAUAUGCAUGCUCCUGUUGAUCCCUGGGCGGAAAGUCAGUCCAUGUUCUCUGAUGGCCUGACUGAAGAUGGCUUAGAACAAGACGAUGUCAGGGCCCAUGGGGACCUCCUAACAACUGCAGAGCUUGCGGAAGAGGAACCAGAGCCAGAGGUUGAAGAAAAGCCCUUUAGUCUAGGAGUGGAGCCAAACCUGUUGAGUACCUCCCCCCUGGACCAAUUCAGUGGUGCAUCACCUACAUCACCUAGCUUUGAGAAGGAGGAGGCAGUUGAGAAAGCAGAGGAAGAAAUCAAUGAAGACGAUCAUGAAGAAGAGGAAGAGGUGGAGGAGGAGGCAGAGGAGGAGGAGGAGGAGGAAGAAGAACAGGAAGAGGACAGGGUAAAGGAGUUUGGAAAGCCUGAAACCUUUUCCCAGAAGCAGCAUAUGGAUGACUACAAUGUUGGAAUGUCAGAAUUUGGUGGCUCCAGUUGGGGCACAAUGCAAGCUGAAUGUGCUGUAAGCUUCAGCCACCAGGAGAAAACAGACACAGCUACACCCGCCCUAAUUGAAAGUCAUGACGAUAAAGAUGUUGAUGAUGUCUCUUUGCAGAAAGAGGAGAUGGAGAGGACUUCUCCUACCCAAAUGGGAAGUCACCAAUAUGAGGAAGAUGUUGAUGACUUCUGUCUUAAAAAAAUAGAACUGGAGCAGCCAUUCAUGGGCCCACCAGGACUUAAGUCUUUCUCAGAUGAAGAGGAAGAGGAAGAAGAAGAAGAUGAGCCACUGAAACAGCACAUGGGUAUUGUCCCUGAGCAAAGAGAUAAACAUCACAUGGACACUGGCUUUGAGCAAGCUGACAGCCGUCAUGUGGGUGUUGAUCAUCAUUUUAAAUCCCAAGAGGAAGAGGAGCACGAGGAUGAAGAUGUUGAGAUGGUUAGUGAAGAUCUGAUGGAGAGUGGGAUCAAGACUUCCGGAAAUGUUGAUGAGGAUCGUUAUGAAGAAGAGCAUUAUAUGGACAAUUUGAAUCGCACCGCUCCAGCUCCCUCUAUGCCCACAACUGCAGCAUGGGGCACAUCCAACCCCUUUGCAGACACUUGGGCUCAGCCAACCUCCAUUCAUUUGACUUCUGGUCCUUUAGACAUUGGUGAAGCUGAUCCAGAAAUGCCCAACAAAUCCCCGGCUGAAGCCUGGCUGGAGAAGCCGCUAGGCCAGCUAGCUGAACCACACCACGAGAUGCACAAAGAGAUGGAUAAUUCAGUCCCAGUAGAUGGCUCUAACCUGGGUGUACCUGCAGUAGGUAUGUCUCAAUCGAGCACCUUGAGUGGAACCGCUUUGGCGGCCCACAGCAGCAGCGAGACCAGCACACCUGAAGAGCUUCGGGACUACGACAGCAGCUCAGGUGUGGAGUCGCGCUCAGACAAGCAGCAGACCCCUGUACCUGCAUGCCAGCCUGACCUGGAGCAAGACCUAGGAAUCCACCUGGAGCGUGGAGAUGGUGAAGAGGAGGAGGCGGAGACAUUACCUGCCGACGAGGUGCUCGGGGAUGCUCCGACUGCACCUGCUUCUGCUCCGUCCUCGCCUUCCACCUCCGGUGACGAGGCCAGCGAUACCGAAGGAGAGAUGCAGAUCAACGAUCCCGAUAUUCCUGUAGAUGACUCUGCAGCUUUUGACAGCUCUUCUGCACCCCGAAACCUCCCUGCUCUGGAUGAGGACGAGGAGGUUGGAGACAUGCACGUUGGAGAAGAAGAUGGAGGCGGUACCCCACAGUCCGCCAACUCCGUCGCAUCUUACGGCUUUGACUGCUCCGCGUCCAACUCCAACGCCCAUUCCACAGCCGAGAGUUGCGGAAAGAGUCCUGGAAUCUUCUCCCUGGAGAAUGAAGACCAGCUUACCGAAGAGGCCAAAGAUCCCUCGCUCAUCAAGGAGCUGACCCUACCAGCUGCCUCCGCCUACCCCGAGGAGCUGCUGGGUUGCCCCGUGGACCUGCUUCCCCUGGGCCAGCAGGGGGAGUCGCACAUCGGCCUAGACGACGAGUACCUGCUGUGUGGGAAGACAGGAGCCAGCGCUUUGGAGGAGGCCGACCCCGAGUCACCCAUGCACCUCUCGCCCCAGCACGGGGGCAGCACCGACAGCCAGCCACCUUACUACUCUGCCAUUUGCGAUAAGACUGAUAGCUUUCUGGCAGGUAACGUAUGUUCUUUAGAGUCUUUGUUGAUUUUCUGUCUUGUGUGUAUUUUAAUGUUUUUUUUAUUUUUAAACUGCUGCUUGAUCAUAAUUCUCCUGAAGUUGUCUGCAUGCUUCUUUUUCUUUCUCCUUCUCUUCCCUUUGGUCAACCCCUCUUUGUUACAUGUGCCUCUUUCAGUAAUGCAUAUUGCAGGUGCUCUUGACUAUUCCACAGGGCACAAUAACCUGCCACUAGUGAACCAACGAGAGGUAAAGAGUGGGGACCUGUCAUCGCUUACCCCUGAAGUCAACGCCAAUCAUUAUCUUGUUCCAGUGCUAAACAGCCACCGUCAGCCUAAACUCCCAUUGUCUCAGCAACAGCAGCCCAUCAGUCAGGGAAUGGAGCUAGUCAAGCUGCCUGCUGAAAUCACCAAUGGGCAGCUGAGGCGCCUGGAACAGCACCAGCUGCAGCUUCACCAGAUCCAGCAACGGCAGGAGCAAGAGAGGAACCAACGCUUGUGGAUGGAGGGUGCAAGGCAGCGGCUGGCGCUGCAGAGGCACCUGGAGAGGCAGCGGAGGCUGCGGCACGAGCAGGAGAGGCUGGUGCGGCAGGAAGAAGAAAGGCAGCGUUUGGAGAAGCAGAGGCAGCAGGAGAGGCAGAGAAAGGAGGAAGAAAGGCAGCAGUUGGAGUUGCAGAGACAGCAACAAGAUGAAGAGAGGCAGCGACUUGAGCUCCAGAGGCAACGACAGGAAGAGGAGCGGAAGCGGAUUGAGCGGCAGAGACAGCAGGAGAAGAAGCAGCUUGAGCUCCAGAGGCAACGGCAGGAGGAGGAGAGGAAGCAGCUUGAGCUCCAGAGGCAGCAGGAAAGGCAGCAGCUUGAGUUGCAGAGGAAACGGCAGGAGGAGGAGAGGAAGCAGCUCGAGCUCCAGAGGCAGCAGGAGAGGCAGCAACUUGAAUUACAGAGGCAACGACAAGAGGAGGAGCGAAAGCAGCUUGAGUUGCAGAGACAGCAAGAGAGGCAGCAGCUGGAGCUCCAGAGGCAGCGGCAAGAGGAAGAGCGGAAGCAGCGUGAGCUGCAGAGGCAGCAAGAAAAGCAGCAGCUCGAUCUGCAGAGGCAGCGGCAAGAGGAAGAGAGGAAACGGAUGGAGCUGCAAAGGCAGCAGGAAAAGCAGCAACUUAAUCUGCAGAGGCAGCGUCAAGAAGAAGAUCGUAAAAGGCUUGAGCUGCAGAGGCAGCAGGAGAAGCAGCAGCUCGAUCUGCAGAGGCAGCGUCAAGAGGAAGAGAGGAAGCGGAUGGAGGUACAAAGGCAGCAGGAAAGACAACAGUGGCAGGUGGAGGAGAGGCAGCGAAUAGAGCUGCAGAGGCAGCAACUGCAGAGAAGGGAGGAAGAAAAGCAGCGGCUGGAACGACAGAAACAGCUAGAGAGGCAAAGACGCGAGCUUCUACAGCUGCAGCUCCAUCAGCAACAGCAAGAACACAGGCAGCGUCGGAUACUCCUGCAGUGGCAGCUGGAGCUGGAGCAGCAGUUCAGACUCAAAAUGCAACAGCAGCAGCAGUUAAAGACCCCGUCACCCUCCUCUGGCCUCUGCACCAUCUACGAGGCUAUGGAAACCAGCGAAGACGAGGAUGAAGACAGAAUUCCCCGCCAGAUCUUCCCAGCAGAGAUGCCCUUGCGAGCAGCCAACGGAAACCUCCGCCGCCCACCUCCACGUGAGCUGGACUGGAACACAAAGGUGGACAUGGUGCAGCAACUGAUCAACCAGGCCCUGCUGCUUGAAGGAGAAGACGGCUGUCCGCCUCUGCUUUACCUGCCUGGGCAAGGAGGGGGCAUCCUCAGCCCCCUGGAGAGCAGCCUCUGGCCUCACAUCCUGCCUCAGCUCAGUCCCACAUCUGCCACCAUCACUGCUGUUAGCAGUUACUCCCCAACAAGCCAGGGCAGUGUGCCACAGGGUGACUGGACCGUGGUGGAGCUCGAGACACAUCACUGAGAAUUACCUGUGGAGCUUCAAAAUGCACAGCUAUGGAGCAGAGCUUUCUGGGUAGUCUGAUGUUGGAAGUUGUCUUUGCACACACAAGACAUUUUAGUGCUGUACGAUCAUGAAUCUAAUAUUAUUCAAAGCUAUUAGAUAAAAGAAAACAUUGAUUUGAUUAUGAUAAGUGUGUUUUUAAGUCAAAGCCAAUUUUAUACUCUGUAGUCUCUUUAAAUUCGGUCAGGAUAUGGGUCAGGACAUAAGCAGUACCAUUACAGUACCAGUCUAAAGUCUGAACACACACUCAAGAGGGGCAUAUUUGACACGUUAAGACUAUUGACAAAGUCAUCAAAUAAUAUUUUUUGCGUGAGACCCAAUGUUGCUUUAGGUCUGUCCUGUUCCUUUUCCAGCUUUUUUCAGUAAAAGUAAAAUAAUGUCUUAAUGCAGAUGUUGCACAUUUUUGCACCCAAGCGGCUUCACCAUGAGUUAUCUGGGAGGAUUUUUCAGCAAGCCAAGUCUUGUAGACUUGUAGUUCCUGACUUUGCAUCUGGCCGGUGCAUAAACAGCUUUAAAUGCAUAUUUGAGCAAUGCUAAAGAAGAUUUUGGCGCCAUAAAAAAGCUUCUUUAGCAAGUAAAU